AGCCCCGGGACCAGCACAUCUAGGGGCUGGGGGCAGGCACUUCACCUUCCUGAGUCUCAGUCUUCUGGUUUCUAAAUAGGAAUUACAGUAAUUAUCCUCACUUGGUGGCUGUGAGAAUUCAAAAGACCUGAGAUCAGUCACGUCCUUAGAAAAAUGUGUAACCUCCUUGCAUAGUGGGGCCAGUCUACUUUUGAUUAUGGAUUGCCCCUCUUAUCUCUGUCUGUCCUCUCUCUGUCACACACAGACACACACACAAGCACACACACAGAUAUUCUUUGACAUUUCUCCAUGUCAGAAUCCAGCCACUUCUGCAGACCCAGGACCUCUGUCCUAGCACACCUCACCAGGGAUGCUCAGCGUUAUUGGUUCCUGUACCAGCUGGGAAGGGCCCUGUAGUGUCCCAGUACCUUCCUGGCCGUGCUCCACCUGAUCAUCCCCACGGCUAAGGGGGGACAGUGGUGGAAUGGGAGGUGGCGUGUGCCGCAGAUGGCAGAUGGGUCACCCAGAUGGAAGAGGUAAAGGAGCUUGCUCUGGGGACCCAGAGUAGCUAGUGGUGGGGCUUGACUGUAAGCCUGGAUUCUAAUACCCGUGGUCCUCCCUGUGAGAGACUGAAGUCCUCGGAUGCUGGGGAGAAGGCAUGACAGGGGGCUUCUUUCUACCAUAAUUCUGUGGUGCAGUAGGGACUGUCCCUUCUGGAUAUGCAGAAGCCUCAUGCUGGGGUAGAACAGGACACAGGAGUGAUAGAGCCCUUGGGCAUCUCCACCUUAACUAACCCCGGGUCCUAACAUCCUUACUGCUCCUGAACUUCUGCCCUCACUCAGGCACUUGUUCCUUGAGAGAACUUUAGUGAGCAUCUACCUAAGGAAUGAAAUGAACAAUACAUGGGUCUGCAAAUGGGUGUGGGGGAAAUGCAACACAUUGGAGCCUGAGUAAGGGCAUUCUGGGUAGAGGGAGCAGCAAGGCAGAGCCCCAGGCAGGCCGAAAGUUACUGGGGUGUGACCGAGGAGUUUGCUGAGGAGAAGACGGUGGUAGAUGAUGCUGAUGGGAUAGAGUGUGAAGCCUGGACGCUACUGGAGAUUUCAGAGUGACUCGUAAGAUCUGGCAUGUGAUUUUGAAACGUCACUGACUGCCAUGUAUGGGACUGACUGUCCAGUCCUGGAGGGAAGCGAGGACGCAGGGAGUGGAGUCGGCUGUUGCAGUGAAGCUUUGAACCUGGAGGGACAGGGAAGUAAAGGGGCAAGGAGACAGAGGGAGGUGGGGGACCUCCCCUCACCUGCACUCCGCAUUGGAGACUCAAAUGCAGGCAGAGCCAUGAGCCACCAGAUCCUGCUCCUCCUGGCCAUGCUGACCCCGGGCCUGGCUAUCUCUCAGCACCGAGAACAAGUGCCCUGUAGGACGGUGAACAAGGAGGCCUUGUGCCAAGGCCUUGGCCUUCUUCAGGUCCCCUCAGUGCUCUCGUUGGACAUCCGAGCUCUCUACUUGUCUGGGAACAAGCUGCAGAGCAUCCUGACCUCCCCAUUGGGCUCCUACACAGCACUUCGUCACCUGGACUUAAGUGUCAACGAGAUCAGCUUCCUCCAGCCAGGAGUCUUCCAGGCCCUGCCCCACUUGGAACAUCUCAACCUAGCCCACAACCGGCUCGCCAUGGGCAUGGCACUGAACAGUGGUGGUCUGGGCCGCCUGCCCCUUGUGGCCUCCCUGGACCUGUCUGGGAACAGCCUGUAUGGUAGCCUGGUGGAGCGGCUGUUGGGUGAGGCCCCGAGCCUGCAUACCCUCUCACUGGCAGAGAACAGCCUCACUCGCCUGGCACGCCACACCUUCUGGGGCAUGCCGGCGCUGGAGCAGCUGGACCUCCACAGCAACAUACUGAUGGACAUUGAGGACGGUGCCUUCGAGACCCUGCCCCACCUGACCCACCUCAACCUCUCCAGGAACUCCCUCACCUGCAUCUCGGACUUCAGCCUCCAGCAGCUGCAGGUACUCGACCUGAGCUGCAACAGCAUUGAGGCAUUCCAGACGGCCCCAGAACCCCAGGUCCAGUUCCAGCUGGCCUGGCUCGACCUACGGGAGAACAAGCUGCUCCACUUCCCUGACCUGGCUGCAUUCCCAAGACUCAUCUACCUGAACGUAUCCAACAACCUCAUCCGGCUCCCUGCGGGGUUGCCCCAGGACAGUGAGGACCUCCAUGCACCCUCUGAGGGCUGGUCAGCCUCUCUACUGUCCAACCCCAGCCGGAAUGCCAGCACCAAUCCCCUCUCCCAGCUCCUGAGCCUGGAUUUGAGUUACAAUGAGAUUAAGCAGGUCCCUGCCAGCUUUCUUGAACAUCUGACCUCCCUGCGCUUCCUCAACCUCAGCCGAAACUGCCUGCAAUCCUUUGAAGCCCGGCGUGUGGGCUCCCUUCCCUGCCUGGUGCUUUUGGACUUGAGCCACAAUGCGCUGGAAGCAUUGGAACUGGGCGGCAAAGUCCUGGGGUCCCUGAAGACAUUGCUUCUGCAGGACAAUGCCCUGCAAGAACUACCACCCUAUACCUUUGCCAGCUUGGCUAGCCUGCAGAGGCUCAACCUAUGGGGAAACCAGGUCAGUCCCUGUGGGGGACCAGCAGAGCCAGGUCCCCCAGGCUGUGUGGACUUCUCUGGGAUCCCCACCCUCCAUGUUCUGAACAUGGCAGGGAACUCGAUGGAGAUGCUCAGGGCAGGCAGCUUCCUCCACACCCCACUUACUGAACUGGACCUCUCUGACAAUCCUGGUCUGGAUGUGGCCACAGGAGCCUUGGUAGGCCUGGAGGUAUCCUUGGAGGUACUGAAACUUCAAGGCAAUGGGCUGAUGGUCUUGAACGUGGACUUGCCAUGCUUCCGCCGUCUCAAGCUCCUUAACCUUUCCGAGAACCGCCUCAGCCACCUGCCUGCCUGGACACAGGCUGUGUCCCUGGAGGUGCUGGAUCUGCGGAACAACAGUUUCAGCCUCUUGCCAGGCAAUGCCAUGGGUGGCCUGGAGACUAGCCUCCGGCGCCUGUACUUGCAAGGAAAUCCACUCAGCUGCUGCGGCAAUGGCUGGCUGGCGGCCCAGUUACACCAGGGCCGAGUGGCUGUGGAUGCUACUCAGGACCUGAUCUGUCGCUUUGGCUCUCAGGAGGAGGUGUCCCUGAGCCAUGUGCGUCCAGAGGAUUGUGAGAAGGGAGGGCUCAAGAACAUCAACCUCAUCAUCAUCCUCACCUUCACACUGGCCUCUGCCAUCAUCCUCACCACGCUGGCCACCUGCUGCUUCCUCCGUAGGCAGAAGUUCAGCCAACAAUACAAAGCCUAGGGGAUCCUCUUCCCACUCAGUGUGGAAGCCCGAGAGGCAGAGAAGAGGGGUCUAGCUCAGGUUACACAGUGACCAGGGAUUCAGCAUUCUGCAUCCUGCCACAUGGACAGGUAGUUGCUUCCUGAGCUGCAUAUGUGAUCCAGCUGUGGAGCCCAAAGUGGGUCAGUUUACUGAACAGAGGAUACCAACAAAUCUCCACUGAGCAUCUGUUUCAGGCCAGACCCUUCUCUGGGCACUAGUAAAUGAAACACGUGCCUGCCCUCUGGCAAGAGAGGCUGUCACAGAACCAGUGACCAUGGAGUGUGAUAGGCUUGAGGUGGGGAGGCCCUGGGCCCCAGACCUGCAGUCCCCAGCUGGUCAUGGAGUGUCUACCCUGGCUGGCUGUGUUUGGGCAAGGGAGGGCCAAGCCUGAGAGAUGAUUUGUCUGAGCCGUUCCCACACAGAGCUCUGUCGCAUCUGCUGAUAAUGACUUUCAGCCUCUCUGGAAACGAAGAACUUGUGACCAGAAGAGAGAGCCAGGAUUUCCUCCAAAGGUCUUGAAUCUGGUCUCCUAGGCCAGAUUCUGAAGUUCCGGCUGAGCCAGCGUAAAGUAUGGUCACUUGGACUUCCAGCCAGGCCCAGGACAGUCUGUGUCCUGCCCUGGACAGGCCCUUCCCCCUCAGUGGACUCUCCUGUUACACACACACUGACCCCAGUGCUGCCUGGAUUGCCAGCCCCCUGCUCGGGCCUCCUUCCCUCCCAGCCCCACCCUAGCUUUUGAGCCAAGAGGGAGAGCCUCGGCUAUCUGGUUCUGUUUUGCACUCAGCUUAGCAGCUGCAGAGGUGAAUCCAAGCCAACUCUUGGAGGUUUCUAUGUUAUCUGUGUUGUACACAAGGAGAAAAGAAGGUUCCUGACAUCUCCUUUGAGAGCCUCAGGGCUGAGAGAGAUGCCAAAGCCAAAAACGAGUCAAACCCAUGUCCUCCGGUCUCCAGGACCUAAGCCUUGCCGGUGCAGGGCCGGCUGUCAAGUGGACAGGAAGUGGCCUUACCCUAAGCAGGCUCCAAGCAUCCUUGCUGCACACACUCCCUCCCUCCUCCCAGACCGGCACCCACCGACCCUCUGCGUCUGCCUCAGUGUCCCUCGUUCAUUUGCGGACCGGUAUGAAUUCUCCCUCUCAUCUUGCUCCCACAGUCUCAUCCUUCCUCCACGAAGCGGAGCUGGGAGUUUGACGCGACUGAGUGUCAUUUCCCCAUUGCGCAGAUAAGGAAAGCAAGGUUGAGGGGCUUGCUCAGGGUCACACCAGCCAAUGGCAGAGACUGUGGGGGAAAGGAGAGAACACCAGCUGGGCUUGUUGCACCGUGGCAGAGUGCUUGCGUUUCGUGCUCAAGCCCCCCGAGCUGGGUGCCCAGCGGCGUCGCCUGUGCGGCUUCACGCUCUGGGCAGUCUCAGGGCAAGACAGUGCCAGCUCUCACGCCUGACCUCACCAGGAAAACAAGAAGGAAGACCCCCCCCCAGUCUCUCCACGCGUUCUCCAGACCCAUGGGCUACGGGGAGAAAGGGGAGCCCUGGGCCCAGUCACAGAACCUGCUUCAUCAGCGCCCCUGUGCCUGGCCCCCAGUCUGCCAGGACACUCGGUCACAUACAAGAUGAAAACACCAUUCUCUCUGCCCAGUUUUGCAAAUGAGGAAGGUUAAAGGGUCAGAGAACCAAUGGGCAGAUCCGGGGCCAGGACCCUCGCCGGGUCAGCGAGUGGGGUCUAGGUGCUACUGCACACAGCACUCUGUCUCGGCCUGGAGGCCAGACCGUGGCCGCUGUGCCUGAGCUCUGAAAACACUAUAUCAUGCUGCUCUUCCCUCCCAGCUGGCCACUGCCAGGCCCUGGGACCAGCUCUUUGUAUAACUCACUGAAUGUAUUAAAGUAUAAUUUUGGAGAA